GGGAGGAGGGGGGAGGAGGAAGCGGGCUCUCAGUGGCUUCCUGUAGUCGGAGCGCUGCUGGCUGUUGGGUGGAGACUGAGCGUAGCAGUGAGGCAGCUGUCAGCCAGAGCAGAGCAGGAGGGAGGCAGUGUCUCAGCGCGCGCUGGUGUGUGUGCGUGUGUGUGUGUGUGUGUCAUCUCGUUCUGAGCGUGUGGAUACUCCGCCAGGCUGGGGGCUUCUGGAACAGCGCUAAGCACACACCCAGGAGAGAACCGCCCAAGCACAAAGCGCUGACCGAACUGCAGCUGAAGGCCAGGUCGGAGAAGUCAGCAGAGACAAGGAACUUCCUGAUGUGAAGAGACAGCUCCACUUCCGCUAACCGACCAGAAGGGAGUACUUCAACCUCAGCCCAGAGGCACAACAUAUAGUUUUAAGACAGCCUGUCCAGGCGCAUAGAGAAGCCUCAUGGCCAGCAACAACACAGCCAGCAUUGCCCAAGCCAGGAAACUGGUGGAACAGCUCAAAAUGGAGGCCAACAUUGACAGAAUAAAGGUGUCAAAAGCAGCGGCCGACUUGAUGUCGUACUGCGAAGCACACGCCAAAGAAGACCCUCUCCUGUCCCCGGUCCCAGCUUCGGAGAACCCCUUCAGGGAGAAAAAGUUCUUCUGCGCCAUUCUGUAAACGGGCCGGGGGUUUCCAAAAUGGCCGCCUGGGCCGCGAUGUGGACACUCGAUAUGUAGAAUUUUCUAGCUGGGGCACGGCAAUCGCCUUUCUCGAAUGCUCGCAACGAGUGCAAUUAAAACCAACAAGUAACGCGUAAAUUUCAGUGAGGUGGCUACAAGGCAUUGCAUGUUUUAACGGAACCUUGUGGAGGCGCACAAGGGGACGAAGAAGACCCGGAAACAUGACUGACAGCAAAUCUAGAGAGUCCUCAAGGUGUGUAGUGUAGCAGCCCACGCUGACUGGUGUAGAGUUGUAAAAAAUAAAUAAAAUAGAAAAAACACACACAAAAAAAAAACAACAAAAAAGAAAACUAAAAAAACUAUAAAAAAAAAAAACGUUGUGGUUCUUUUGAAAAAUACAAAUGUUAAGACGGAUGGUUUAAUGACAACCAAAACCGUGGUUUUGCAGGUUGAGCUUACUGCCGGAGAUAGCAUUUUUAAUCGGAAUGAUUUUUAAGUGUUGAGUUUAUUUUUAAAUUGGCUGGAUUGGCUAUAUCAUUUAGAAAGCUUUCUGUUAUGUGAUUAUUUGGCUAUGCUAACUUUUUCUUAUACAUUAAUAGAUUAGCAAAAUGUUUUUUAAUGACGAAACAGUUGAAAGAUGUGACAUUCUUUGCAAAUAUACAUCAAUUUUACAUACUUUAACAAUGCUGAAAAAUAUAAAGCUGGCAGUGAUUUAGUUUCCUUCAGAUACUGGCUCUCUUUUUAACAUUUGUAUAAAAUUGCUAGCAAGUAAAGUGUGUUGUGCUCAGUGCUCUGAAUGUUUGUGGUGAUAUCAAUAAUAAUUGCAUGAAAAAUUGACAAGACAACCCCUGUUUUUCUUUCUGUGUGAAGGUUGUGAAUAGGGUUUUCUGGUAGUAGCAGCUGUGCAGGUGUUAAAAUCAUCGUCACUGCAACUCGUUCAUGGAAUUGAUCACUCAGAUAAUUUCAGCAAUAUUCUAUUUUAACAGUAAUUCAUGACUAAACAUCACUCUAUCGAAAACACUUUUGCUGAAAUGAGCUAUAUACAUAUGUAAACAUGCAUUUUUCCCAAUUACUCUCUCCAUAGUAACCACUUUCGGAUACUUUCAUAUAAACAUAUUUUCAGGACUGCCCAAAAGAGACCUAGGUAUUACGGUAACCAGGUCUGUCCAGGUGAUAUUUCUGUAAGAGUGCUGAUAGUUUCUCUUAAUAAACUACAAAUGCUGUGUA